AUGUUUGGCCGGACUCGGCAGCUGAAGGAUCCUGGCAAGAAGCCAGGCGGUGGAUGGGUCAGCAAAAAUGGCACCCAGAAGUCUGGCCAGGGCACCGCCAAGAGUGCAGCGGCCUGGAAACAAGACACCUUGGAAGGGCUUGAGAAGGGUUCACGAGUGUGGUACAAGGCUGGUGCGGACAGCUGGGUUUUGGGUACCCUGCUCACUCGCCAGGAGGAAAGCUGGAAGGUGGCAUUGGACUCGGAGGCUGGAGAAGGCACAGGGCAGGUGAUAUCGUGCAAGCCUGAUGUGCUGGUACCAGCCAAUCCAGUGAUCUUGGACGGCGUGCCGGACUUGACCGGCCUGACAUACCUGAACGAGCCCUCCAUCCUGCACGGCCUCAACCUGAGAUAUGCAGAGGACGAGAUCUACACCCAUGCUGGUCCAGUCCUCAUAGCUAUCAAUCCCUUCAAGCAGGUGCCGUUGUAUACGGCAGAGAUAGUGGAGCGGUAUGUGACAAGAGGGACGCCGCGGGAUGGGAGCGAGCAGCCGGAGCCGCACGUAUUUCUCACAGCAGACACUGCCUACAAGGCAAUGUGCCGCAGCGGGCUGAGCCAGAGCCUGGUCAUCACCGGAGAGAGCGGCUCCGGCAAGACAGAGACCACCAAGAUAGCCAUGCAGUACUUGGCUGGACUCGCUGGAGGCACAGGAGUGGAGGACGCAGUGCUGGCCACGAACCCGCUGCUGGAGGCGUUCGGCAAUGCCAAGACGCUGCGGAACAACAACAGUAGUCGCUUUGGCAAGCUCAUAGAGAUCUACUUUGACAGGGGCCAUCACAUCUGCGGCGCGCUCAUCCAGACCUACCUCCUGGAGAAGAGCAGGGUAGUGCAUCAGCUGCCGGGAGAGCGCAACUACCACAUCUUCUACCAGCUGUGCAAGGCGAUGAAGGGUGAGCAGGCGGCGCAGCUGCGCAUUCCACCGGACGCCCUGAAGCACUUCCGGUACCUGAACAGAUCCGGCUGCACCACCAUUGCUGGCACGGAUGACGCUGCAGACUUCCAGCUCGUGCUGCAUGCCAUGGACGCCGGCCUGGUGUGGAUACUGCUCUCCGCGAUUCUUUGGCUGGGCAACAUCGAGUUUGACAGCGCCGGAGAUGACAGCGUGACGGUGCGGCGCGACGAGGCGCUGAUUAACGCGGCCGAGCUGCUGAGCGUGGACGAGGACGAGCUCGCCACCGCUCUGUGCGAGCGCACGCUCAGCGCCGGUGGGGAGACGAUCCAGCGGCGGCUGCGGCUGGACGCGGCGGAGGAUGCGCGCGACGCGCUGGCCAAGGCGGUGUACGCGGCGCUGUUCCGGUGGCUGGUCACGCGCGUCAACGCAUUCCUGGCCGUGGGCAAGAAGGUGUCCGGCACCAGCCUGUCCAUCCUGGACAUCUACGGCUUUGAGUGCUUCAUGGAGAACAGCUUCGAGCAGCUCUGCAUCAAUUACGCCAACGAGCGCCUGCAGCAGCAGUUCAACAGGCACCUUUUCAAGGUGGAGCAGGAGGCGUAUGAGAGCGAGGGAAUCGACUGGGCGCAUGUGGACUUCGAGGACAACCAGGACUGCGUUGACCUGCUGGAGGCGCGGCCACCGCGCGGCACCGGCAUCCUCUCCCUCCUCGACGAGGAGUGCCUCUUCCCCAAGUCCACGGACUCCACAUUUGGCGACAAGCUGCGGCAGCAGCUGAGGGACCACGCUUGCUUUGGCUUUGACCCGCGCAUCCCCUCCCUCGACUUCAUCGUGCACCACUACGCCGGUGACGUGCUCUACUCCUGCGACAAGUUCCUCGACAAGAACCGCGACAGCCUCAGCCCAGACCUGGUGAUCUUGUUGGAGGGCGGCGGCAACCAGCUGGUGUCGCAGCUGGCAGAGGACAUGGCGCACGACCAGAUCAACCGCACCUCCUCCACCACCGUUGGCGCGCGCUUCCGCGAGCAGCUGCGCGACCUCAUUGCCCGCCUCGACCUGACGGAGCUGCAUUUCGUGCGCUGCAUCAAGCCCAACAACGAGCAGGCGCAGGAGGACUACGACGCAGCGCUGGUGCUGCACCAGCUGCGCUGCUGCGGCAUCACUGAGGUCGCGCGCAUCGCCCGCGCCGGCUACCCCACCCGCUAUGCGCACGCUCAGUUCGCCCACCGCUACUCCGUCCUGCUCGGCAACAAGGCCCCUCGCAAGGGGGAGGCGGUGCUGGACACGUGCAAGGCGCUACUGGCCCAAUUUGGCGUCAAGCCGGAGCAGUACCAGAUCGGGCACACCAAGCUCUUUUUCCGUGCCGGCGUGCUGGGCCAGCUGGAGGACGCAGCCACCCGCAUCAACAGGGCGGUGCUGAUGAUCCAGAGCUACAGACGCAUGCUGCCGGUACGGCGCAAUUUCGUGGCCAAGCGCUGCGCGGCGGUGCAAAUACAGGCGGCCGAGCGCGGCCGAGUGGCGCGCCGCGACUUUGCGGAGCUCAAGCGCCGCCACGCAGCCGCCACGCAGCUGCAGGCGCGCUACCGCGGCCACCGCGCGCGCGUCGACUACCUGCGCACGCUGCGCGCCGUUCUGGUGCUGCAGAUCGCGUUCCGCCGCUGGCAGGUCGCCCGCCGCGUCGCGGCUCGGGCGUCCGAGCGCGCCGCCCGCGAGGCCGAGCUCGCCAAGGUGGCGGCUGCCGAAGCGGCCGCACGCGCCGCCGAGGAGGCCGUCGCCGAGGAGGCCCAACGCAAGGAGCGCGCCAGCUUCACCGCCAUCAAGGCGCGCAUCCGUCCUGCUGCUCGUAGCACAACCUGCUGUGAUCUCUCGUACCAUGAUGACGAGUUUGGAGUGGAGCAGGACGACGUAUAUGAAAUUGUGGCAGCCUGGCACGACCAUGCGGCGGACGUGGAGGAGUAUGUGGCGGUGCAGGAGGAGUUUGGAAUGGACGCCAAGGGCAUCCGCGAGGCGCUCGAGGCGCAUCGGCGCCAGAAGAAGGACCUGGACGACUACGAGGCCCUGCGCAGAGACCUGGGCAUGGACGCGGAAGGCAUGCGCAAGGUGCUGACGAGCUGGCAGGCGCACGGCGCCAAGCUGGAGGCGGUGAGGGCGGAGUUUCAGACGGACCCGCAGAGCAUGCGCGACAUCCUGCGCCUGUGGCAGCGCCACGGCCACCAAAUCAACGCCUACCUGGAAUCCGGCGAGGCUCAGGGCCUGCAGAACGGCGCCAAGGGCCUCCCGGAGGUCCGGGGUGCCCCGGACACCAACGAGUGGAUCACAGGCGAGUCCCCAGAGCUGGGCGUGCCGACGCCGCAGAAGGUGGCGAUGCGCAGCACGACCAUCGCAGAGGAGCCCGAGGAAGAGGACGCAGCCGCCUCCGGCGCGCGGCCGCAGGUCCUCUCCGCCUCCGCCUGCCAGCAGCUGGCGCUGUGGGAGGAGUACGCGGAUGAGGUGGAGGAGCAGAUGCGCGUGCUGCUGGCGGACAACGCUCUGCUGCAGGCUGCACUGGCCGACGUGCGCUCCAGCCUCACCCACGACCGCCCACCCUCCGCCGGAGCCUCCGGGAGGCGGGACGACGGCUGGGCGCUGCCGGCGUCGCGGCCGGGCACAGCGGAGGGCGGCAGCGGCGCACCGGGGCCGGCGGCCAACGGAGGAGGGAACCCCGCUGUAGCCACAUACGUGCGGCCGCUGGCGGAGGAGCUGGAACGCAAGCGCGCACUGUUCAUGGACGACGCCAGCUUCAUCACCGAGGUGCGCGAGGGCCGCGCUCUGGCGCCUGGCAUGGACGCGGAGGCCGAGCUGCGCACGCUGCGCCUGCGCUUCGACAACUUCCGCCGCGACUUCAAGGCGCGGCUGGACAUCACAGCGGAGAAUCUGAAGCGCAUAGAGAAGGAGGAGAAGAAGGCGGCGCGGCGGGGGUCCCUGCGCGUGUCGGGCUCUGGCGACAGCCGCACAACGUCGGAGGCCAGCAUGGACGCCUCUGGCGCGCACACGGCCUUUGGCGGCGACAUCGACGCCUCCAACAAGGCCGGCCUCUCCUCCAUGCUAUCGCGCCUCUCCUUCAGGCGGCCCCACUGAUGACUCACGGCCCGGCACCGGGGCUUCAACAUCUGAGGGGGACGAGGGGGUUCUGGGCUGCACCUCAUGCUGACUUCCAUAAAGACAUAUUGGGCAGCUGAUGAGCCUCCAGGAGUGGCUCAGAGACCCCACAGAAUGUCCUCUGGGCAUAUCCCAGAGAUGCCUUGAGGCCCUGUCAUGCCCUGCUGAUGAUGCGGCGCCGCCGUUCUUGCUUAGAGAUUAACGAAUGAUGAUAUGACCUUGCGGACCCGCAGGCAUGCCACACCAGGGUGUGGAAUCUGCUGAUCCGUGCAUGGCUGCCUCUGCAGUGUUAGCGGUGCAAGGCCUUCAGCAGAAAUAAAGAACCUUUGGUCUGCGUCCCACCAAUUUAGCACAGCGUGACUUACAGUGACCAGGCUCAGGAACCCCAUGAAGAAGCACUUGGACCAAUUGUUAUUGGAAGCAGUCAGAUCGUGAGAGAGUAUGCAACUGAAUAUUUCCAGCAACCUGCGGCUUCAGGUCUAAGCUCUGUUGAUCAAGUCCGUCACUUUCGGAUCUCCACCUUUAAGCAUACGGUACAUGCGAAUAUCGCUAUAUAGAGGAUCUACAUAGGUUUACCUGCUGGUCAUGAAAGUGUAUAAUCCAAGACUUCUGCCCUUAUGAAGGAGUUCAACCACCGCAUUCAAAUUAUUUCCAGUUUGGUCAUUCAUUGCGUUUUUGGGUGACGAACUCUAGAUCUGGGUACGUCAGAUUGCAGAUCAGGUGUCUGUGUAGUAGCAUCUCUGAUAAAAAGUCGACACUGUGCUUUGUAAAGAGAGUGGUGCAGCAACGCCCGGAAACAUUCAGAUGCACUACAUAUGGCAACCAACCAUGAAGCAUGACUUAAGCUUGUCAUGAUCGGAUAUGGCAUAUGAAAGACACCAUGUUACAACUCAUUCUAACU